ACCGGUAUACCUGAGCGUCAAACGUCGCAGUCGCUACGUUGAAGUGAGUGAUCUCAAAAUCCGAUCUCCACACUGCGAUGCGAUGGAGAGCCUCGACGCUGGCUACGCGCUGCUGAGCGACGUGAACGCCCGCAAUCGCGAGCUUCAGGCGCGAUUGCGUAGCAGUUUACCGCUGCUCUGGACGAGUAAUGCGUUGGUGAUGACGAGCGCCGCCGGUCCCAGGAGACGGCGAGCAGUAGUUGAAGAGUCGGCGGUAAGCGAAGCGGAUCAAAUGCUCUUGGCAGUUGAGGGGCAAUCGAGUCUACAGGUCAGUCAACGAUACAAGCGCCGCGUGGAAUGGGAGGUGGCGAGACGCAUAGCGCGAGUCGACCGAGAGUUACAGCAGUAUCCACCUGCGCAACGGUCCUGGAACCAGCAGAGGAAAGAGGUAAAGCCUGCUCAGUCUUUAUCCUAUAAACAACGCGCAAAUGCGAUGGGUAAACCGGAAGCUCGAGAGACUGCUCACGUUGGUCGAACAGUGAGAAGUGUGGUCAAUUUUAAUCAACAGGAGAGGAAGUAUUGGGGGAAGCCUACGGGGGCUGAUCGUGAAGUGCGGCGAGUGUUGAAACAUAUUGCAACGAGUCCACUCCGCGGUGCUGCAGAGAAAAAAGAGAAUAUGAAACCGAAUGCAGCGACCGGGGCACCGUUUAAAGCAAUUGAUGUGAAAACCAGUAAUGAACCGCCUAUGUUGGAGGAACCAAUAACAACGAAAAAGGAUCUAAGCGAGCCACUAGAUGGAAGAUCUGUGCUAGAAGAAACCAUGGAGAAUAGCAAGACCGAUGAACCUACCGAUGCUCUCAAGUCAACUAGCGACGCAUCAUCAAUUAAGCGAGCGGAGACAAAACCUGAUAGUCCUCGUCAAGUUUCUAGCUUUCCGGCGGACGGCAUUCUCACUAAAGAAAAAGACUCGAUCACUAGUCUACCCCAACAUUGUGAGGAAGGCGAUAUGUUCUCAAUUGAAGAUUAUAGUCUUCGUCAAAUGAAAAUACCAGCAGAGGAGCGUCCGUCAUCGUCCAUUGGGAGACAAGUUUUGUCAGAUUUCCGCACGAUGCCGUCAGUAGCAUCAUUUGGAGCACAGCCAAUACUAUCUGGAGGCAUGGGAAAUGCAGGAGAUACACGUUUGAACUCGGAUGUUUUACGAAGACUUUUUAGCGAUUUGGAUACCGACAAAGAUGGUCACGUGAAUCGCAUUGAAAUGUGUAUGGCUUUGCAUCGCUUGCAAAUUUCAGUUCCGACGACCAAAAUCAUAUCAUUCUUUCGCCAUAUCCAUUCCUUCGGUGCGAAGGGUGCACGAAAUCGCCAUACUUCGCAUCUACCGAUGAAGGAAAUGAUCAAUUAUAAAGAAUUUGUUGCAUUUGUCACCGCUGCCUACGACCAGCAACAACAGCGAAAAGCGAAGCGACAUAGAGCUCCCACACGGAACGAGCAGGUUCGGCCGCUACCCUCACCGUCGACAUCAUUGCCAAUAUAUGUGCAUCCAACGAAUUCACCUAGAGCAAACCGAUAUGUACAUACCACUCAACCCCCACCAAGAAAAGAAGAAUUUCAAGUUUAUGAAGUCAAAGAUACCGACUCUGAACAGAGUGAAGCAGCAAUUGAAGACCGAGUUAUUAAGGAAAUUCCGGAUUUCCUGGUCAGCAGGAUACUCGAAGACACUUCCAACGCAGCUAGUAUGGAAGACAAGGAUACUGCAGCCUCUGUCGUGAGAAGGAGUUUGGAGUCGCUAGUUGGGAAGGAAGCAGUAAACGAUAAAAUCGUGGGCGAAAUCACUCAAGAGUUGAUAAGAGAGCGACUACGAAACAUUGUGGCCUUGAAUCAGGACGCCACCGAAGAUAUUACCGGCUUGAAGAGGGCUGAAGCUUACUACAAUGAGAAAAUGACGCAAGGCAGUGCUGAAUUUGGUUCUGCUGCUGAAGACGCGAGCUCUGAGCUGUCGGUCAACUGGGUUGACGUACUGACUGAAGAGCAAGUGAGUGGUUUGGUGCACCAGAUUUGGAAAGACCGGCAUGCACUUCGUCAAGUGUCGUUGACACCUGUUGUAGACGUUCGUACCGAAGAUUCGCCAGAUAUGCCAGAAGACCCGAUUGUUAGAUGGAUAGAUGAAGCGACAGACACGAACGAGCUUUUAACUCCCCCCACACUCUCUGAAAAGGCUGUGCAAGCUUUUGAAGAGGAUAACCUAGAGGAACCUUCGAGCGUCCCUGAAGAUGUGGCAAUUACUGCUUUUGAAGACGAUCACGAAAGGAUUGCGAUCGUACCUGAAUCAACAUGCCAUCCACAAACUCAUCUCGGUAAAGCCAUUUUGGAUUCAUUCGGUGGUUCUGAUAGCUCUCGUGAAUUGCACCGUCCCGUUACGUCGAUCGAAAUUUUGCAACAACUUCGUCAGCAAAGGCGACUGCAUCAAAGCACUCUCCCCAACCAGCAAACACCUUCAAACGUUAUCAAGAACCCAGGACCAAAUGUUUCAGUUCGUGAGCAAAUAAUUGGCGUGCAAGUCAAUUCGCUCGACGCGGAAAGCGUAUUCUCCUCUGAAGAAGAUCGUGUAAGCAUCUCAGAAAGUGAUGAAGAGCAGGUUCAUCUCGUUAACAUGGCUGAAAAGGAAGAUUUAGAGUACCAACCGAUCACAGAACCCGUACCUCUUACUCACAAAGCACUGGAUCUAGAUGAGUCUUUGAGUAAUAAAAGCAGCUUUGAGCUGGCGAAGAGUAUGUCGGUGAGUAGCAGCGGCGUUAGUUCCUCCUCAGAAUAUCACCACGCGUAUGGGAUGUAUCGAGAGAUUGAUCGUCAGAUUCAUUCCAAAACUCGAGCCAGUCGUGACCAUCGACAUCUGUAUCGGCGUCAAAGACGUUUGUCUGUUUCUCGAAAUAGCGUUCCGGAUUCAAUUUACAGCGCAGAGUUAUCGGAAGGUGAGCUAUCGCAUGAAGAAGCUUUGGAUCUAAGUGACGGAGAAAUAUUUGGCGAAUCCAAAAAAGCCUACGCCAGGUGUAACAACGCGAUCUCAAGCGUAAUGGUAAGUAAAGAAGAAGACAAUCUUCACAGCUCGACUGAAUGUGGAGAACUCCCACCAUUGAUAAAAGCCCAUGCAAACUUUCGCCGUCAAUUGGUUGCUCAAUCGACCUCCUCAUCGUUUGAAUCCGGCGAACUCGAAGACGGCGCCAUCCCUGAAAAAUAAGGAGCCACGCUAUCCUGACGUAGCUGGAAGACUUUAUAGAGCAAAGUCCUCGUCACUGCUCAUAUCACUACCCUCUUCCUCCACUUCGUCCAAAUUUUCCGGAUCAAGCAGUUCACCAGCACCAUAGUCACGACCUUCGUCGUCAUUGUCGAGGAUUUUCCCUUUACCUGCCGCAGGUUUCAUCUCGGUCAGAGAUUGUUUUUCCUCCGCUUCGUUGGCAGCUUCGGGCACAAUCAACUCCCGUGCGUUCUUAACCUUUU